GGCAAUAUUGUCUUGUUUUCAUCCAUUGCCGGAGUGUUUGGUCUCUACGGCUAUUCGGCGUACUCUCCGUCCAAGUUUGCGAUCGUCGGGUUAGCCCAGUGUCUGGCAAUGGAGUUGAAGACAUACAACAUCUCUGUGUGUGUGUCGUAUCCGCCGGACACCGACACCCCUGGCUUUGAACAUGAACAAAUCACUAAACCCAUCGAAACUAAGCUCAUCUCAGAUGCGGGCGGUCUUUACUCUCCGGAUAUUGUGGCCAAACAUACAAUGAUUGACGCAAUGUCGGGCAAAUUUCACUCAACGGUUGGUUUCGAGAGUUGGAUGAUUAGGACUCUGUGUUGUGGUAUGAGUCCCAUCACAUCCACUCUCGACGCUGUUCUUCAGGUGUUGUCGAUGGGUUUGUUCCGAAUCGUUGGCCUUAUAUUCCUUCGGAAAUGCGAUUCUAUUAUAAAGAAAUGCUCUCAAGAAAAACAACUCAACAAAAAGAGCCAAUAAUUGUUUGAAAUCAUUAUUUAUUUGGCGUUUAUUUAUUGAUUUGUGGGUUAAAUCUCAACACAAAAUAUGACAUUAAUUAUAAAGAAUACAAUUUUAUGAAUGC